AUGCCCGCCUUGGAUCAAAUCAAGCAGCAGAAUGCAGCGCUCCAAUCGAGCGCGGAGAACAUCUCCAAAGGUGCUAGACCGACUGCGAAGAAGUCAACGACAGUGACACCAGUGAAGCCAGCAGCCAAAUCCGUCUCCGCUAAGAAGGCAUCAGCGGUGACUACAGACACAACGAGCCCAGCUGCUACGCCAGUGAAGAGGGUUCCCAGAAAGCUCAAUGCAGCUGGCACGCCUACGUCGAAUGUGGCAAAGACAACGACUACACCUGCGGUGAAAAAGACGCCAGUAACAGCAGCCAAAACGAAUAUCAGCGAGCGGUCAAAGCCCGCUCCCGCACGCACACCUCUUGGUACUAUCAAGCCCCUGCCCAUCAGGAAGAAGUCAGCCGCAGAAACGCCCGUAUCCAAGCCCACAAGCACCGUCAAAAAGACAGUAACAAGCACGCCUGUCAAAAGCACUUCUACCCCCGCAAAAGCCACGCCCGUCAAGACGGCUGCUGCUACCACCACCACCACCACCACCACGACAGGAACCAACACCUCGACAGUCAAAAAGACACCGGUCAAGGUGAACCCGGACGGUACCUACCCAACCCCCUUCUCCAUACUCCAAGCUUAUCCACCCCCAGGCCACCAACCACGCGCUCAGCGCGCGCCCGGCGCCGUGGGCAAAACCAUCAACACAGCCACGGGCACGCUGAACAAGACCGUCGGCACAACAACCGGCACGCUAAACACCAUUACCGAUUCCGCGACUGCAGGCGUCAACAGGACCGUCGAUGGCGUCACGGGGGUUGCGGGUAAAGGGCUGGAUAGGCUGCCUGCGGGUGUGGGCAAGCCGGUAAAGCAUGUGACGGAUGGGGUUGGCAAGACGACGACGGGCGCGGUGGAUAAUGUGUAUUAUACUGUUGGCAGUGCGACGAAGGGGGUUCAAGGGACGCCGAGGAAGAGGGGGAUGUGCAGUGGGCGGCUGGAAAUCAAGACUCCCGGCUCCGAGAUUGCCUCCAUGAGCGAGCCGGCGCCGAAGGGGCAGGGGCACAAGACGCAAGGCAGAUUGGAGAUUGAGAAUUAA